CACCUACUGUUACCGCAGGCGCCGGGUUAUCAUAGCAGAGCAGUGGAGCAGCUUUAUAAUGACUUUUUACUUUUUUUUGGAUAACAUUACUGUGCGCAGCUGUAGUUUGUAUCUUAACAAGCUGCAGAUUGUUAGUUAAGACGAAGUCUUUUUCUUUUGCUUUUUUUGAAAAGGCUUUUACUGAGGAGAAAAUGCUGCAAAGUUUCACGCCGUCCCAUGACUGGGAUAACGACUCGGAGCCGCUGCUUUUCGACGAGGAAUUCUGCCAGGUGCUGCUGAAGGACCUGCAGAUGAUCCCCACGCCGCCACAGUCGCCACCGCUCAAGAGUGGCCUCGGGAAGCCCCUGUCCAAGGUGGAUGAGCUCGAGCUCGUGUCAGGCUUUCUGGUGGAGGACCAGGACUUUCCGUUCAUCUGGGAGGAUGGGGAGAGCGCCGACGUGGCGGGGGGAAAGGAACGGCGGGCCGACGCCUCCGAGGACUACCUGUGGAACUUUGUGGGCGACAAGGCGACGGAGGAGAAGCUGUCUGCCGUGCUCUCCAGCAGCCCCCUGCUCUCGGACAUUGACACCAACAUCUUUGAGGAGAUCGCCGGCUCCACGCUGAACUGCCACGAUGCGGCGCUAGAGUGCCAGUCUUUAGGGGGCGACGACUUGUUCGAGGAGGGGCUGGAGCAGAGGGAGUCCUCUUCGGACUUCAGCGCCAUGUCCACGGGGAGCGAAUCUUCAACCAGCGACUCCGAUGAGGAGAUUGAUGUGGUGACCGUGAAGAGAACGGGUGCGAUCUCACGGGCACAGGAAGCAGAGCACCGCAGGCAGCAGCGUGCCAUCAAGCGCUGCCACCGUCACAUCCAGCAGCAGCACAACUACGCGGCUCCCCGGCCCGUGUCCCCCCGCCGGCCCGAAGCUGCGGCCGCUCCGCAUAAACGGGCCCGGGCCGAACCUCAAAGACUCGCAGUCGGGGUCGGGCGUCCGCGAGGCCCCUCGGCUCGGUUUCUGGCAGAGCCUGAGGACGAGGAGGAAAGGAGGCGCACGCACAACGUGAUGGAGAGGCAGAGGAGAAACGAGCUGAAGAACUGCUUCCUUCGGCUGCGCGAUCACGUGCCCGAGCUCUCGUGCAACGACAAGGCGUCCAAGGUGGUCAUCUUGAAAAAGGCCAGAGACAGCAUCCGGGGGUUGGAGAUGGAAAGCCAGAGACUGUCCGCAAAGAAGGACAAGCUCCGACAGAGGCAAGAGCAGCUCAAGCUCCGGCUCGAGCAGCUGAGGUAGUCCUGCUGCCAAAACAAUGGACUUGAACAGAGGACAAAGACUUGUGUGUGCUGUAAGAGGAUGGGGUGCGUCAAAGACCAGUGGCAGUUCUGGACAAACAUAGACAUUGGGCUUGUCUCUCGGACUGGUGCGAUAUUCCUCUGGAACGGCACUCUAUACAACAACCCUUUCAAGUAGUGUUGAGUUGAGCGCAGAUUUUGAUGUCCAGUUGCUGAUGUCAUGUUGAUGAGCUUAAUCUCCCAAAGACAUAUCAUUUAAUAAUGUCUUAAUGUUUUUUGUAAUGCUUUUUGUAUAUAUUCUUACCAGGACGUUCAAUGCAAGUUAUUUGUUCAGUAAAAGGCAGGAGAAGACAGUUUCCUUGCCCAAGCUUGACACAUUCCCCUGUGAACCUUCAGCUUGUCUGGUGGAAUUCUUGGCUCACCAGGUGUAAAUGGAUGCUUUUGGACUUUUGUGCCAUUUCGUUCAUUUUGUAUGAAAUAGUUUGUUUUUUUUUUUUUUUCUUUUUUUUUUCCCCCCUAACAUUUCACUAAUUAGUAUUGAUUUGGAUCUAUGUGUUUUUCCACCAUUUAGAUGAAUUUUUUUUUUUUUUUUUUUUUUCCCCCUCCUGAACUAUGUUGUCAUUAAAUUAGUUGGUUGUCAGCAAUUGUCUCCUUCAUGGUGCUAUGCUGAGAGGCACCUUGGGUAAAAGUCUGUUCAGUGCAUGUAUUGUCUACCUCAGGAUUUUGUUUGCCUUCAUAAUGGCAUCUGUACAGAUUUUAUAAAUAACUUGUUACUUUGUUCACUUUAAUAUUUGAAGUUUUCUAAAAAUAAAAAACAAAUGACAAUAAAUGGAGGAA